UAUCAUCUGAACCUGCUCUGGACCUGGACCUGGGAAAUACCAAGAAACACAGAGAGCCUGCAUUUUGUGACCUGCAGCAGCCAUCCCCAGCGCUGGAGACCGAGAACUGGGCGACCACUCCCAGGAAAGACUUUCUGAAUUUGUCAUCUCUUCAGAGCGGUGAAAGAGUUUUGUCAUCUGUUGGUAAACAUGAAUUAACUGGGCAUAAAGUCGCAGUGAAGAUCCUAAAUCGACAGAAGAUUCGCAGCCUUGAUGUUGUAGGAAAAAUCCGCAGGGAGAUCCAGAACCUCAAACUCUUCAGACAUCCUCAUAUAAUUAAACUCUACCAGGUCAUCAGUACACCAACUGACAUUUUCAUGGUGAUGGAAUAUGUUUCAGGAGGAGAACUGUUUGAUUAUAUCUGUAAAAAUGGAAGGCUUGAUGAAAAGGAAAGUAGACGUCUGUUCCAGCAAAUCCUUUCUGGUGUGGAUUACUGUCACAGGCAUAUGGUAGUACAUAGAGAUCUGAAGCCUGAAAAUGUGCUGCUUGAUGCACACAUGAAUGCCAAGAUAGCUGAUUUUGGUCUAUCAAAUAUGAUGUCAGAUGGCGAAUUUUUAAGAACAAGCUGUGGUUCCCCUAACUAUGCUGCACCAGAAGUAAUUUCAGGAAGAUUAUACGCAGGUCCAGAAGUAGAUAUUUGGAGCAGUGGAGUUAUUCUCUAUGCUUUGUUAUGUGGAACACUUCCAUUUGAUGAUGAUCACGUGCCAACCCUUUUUAAGAAGAUAUGUGAUGGUGUCUUUUAUACCCCUCAAUACCUGAAUCCAUCUGUAUCUAGUCUUCUGAAACACAUGCUGCAAGUAGAUCCAAUGAAGAGAGCAACAAUCAGAAACAUUAGAGAACAUGAAUGGUUUAAGCAGGACCUUCCCAAAUACCUGUUUCCUGAAGACCCGUCAUAUAGUUCUACCAUGAUUGAUGAUGAAGCCUUAAAAGAAGUGUGUGAGAAGUUUGAAUGCACUGAAGAAGAAGUGCUAAGUUGUCUGUACAGCCAAAAUCAUCAGGACCCUUUAGUGGUUGCGUAUCACCUCAUUAUAGAUAAUAGAAGAAUAAUGAAUGAGACCAAAGACUUCUACUUGGCUACAAGCCCACCGGAUUCUUUUCUUGAUGAUCACAAUCUAUCUCGACCUCAUCCUGAAAGAGUGCCAUUCUUAGUAGCUGAAGCACCACGUCCCCGUCAUACUCUUGAUGAGCUGAAUCCACAGAAGUCAAAACACCAAGGUGUAAGAAGAGCGAAGUGGCACUUGGGAAUACGGAGUCAGAGUAGACCAAAUGAUAUCAUGUCUGAAGUUUGUCGAGCAAUUAAACAACUGGAUUAUGAAUGGAAGGUUGUAAAUCCAUACUAUCUGCGUGUUCGAAGCAAGAAUCCAGUGACAAGUGCAUAUUCCAAAAUGAGUCUACAGUUGUAUCAGGUGGAUAGCAGGACGUACUUACUGGACUUCCGUAGCAUUGAUGAUGAAAUUACUGAAGCAAAAUCUGGGACUGCAACUCCACAGAGAUCAGGUUCUGUGAGCAACUGUAGAUCCUGUCAAAAAGAUUCAGAUGGUGAUGCACAGGGAAAAUCUGCAGAUAUAUCCCUUACACCAUCAGUAGCCUCUUUGAUUGAUUCUUCUAAGGCUGAAUUAACUCCAAGACCAGGGAGUCAUACAAUAGAAUUCUUUGAGAUGUGUGCAAAUCUUAUUAAAAUACUUGCACAAUAAGUUUGAAAGUGGGCUUAUUUCUUUUACAGCAAUAACCUUGCCUAAAUCAUAGUCAGAUGCUUCCAGUUAUAAUUAAGUUAAAUGAACUAAGGUGCUGAAAAAACUAGCCACAGAAUGCAAUUUUCAGGGGGAUUGGAAUGAUUAUAUGCCAUUAUGUAUAUUAUUUUGAAGCUGGAGUGAAUUCUGAUUGUCCGCUGUCCAAUAGCAUUAUACAGGUAUAAGAAGUCACGUGCCCUUGGCAGUGUUCAUAACACUUUACACUGAUUGCACAUUAGAAUUCAAAUAUUUAAGUUAUGCUGGCCUUCUCGCUUUUUUUCACUGAUAAUACAUACAUCUAAUGCACUGUAAGUAAAUGUAGUUCAAUGACUUAAAUAUGACUUGAUCAGCAUCUAUAGUUGUGCCUUAGUUGAUCAGAAUUGUCAACAUCUAACAGUAAUAUAUUAAAACUGCUGUUUCUUCCCUCUUCUUUGACAGUAAAUGAUAAAGAAUAGUUUGAUGCAUUAUAAUAUACUACUUUUAAUAACAGAUAAAUAUGAUUAAAUGCAUGCAAAUCCAACCAGGUGAAAAUAUGUGUAGGGGCUUUGUAAUGCACUAAGGGUGAAAUUCUGUGGGCUGUAAGUAGAACAAUUCAGGCCACAGCAGUGGUGAGAGGCUUAAUGCUGAGAAGACUUGGCACCCUGUGUGCUGAAACAAAAUGUGGUUCUGUGAAGAACUGUCAGCAGGUUCCUGAUCUGUGCAGAUUUAGUAGCUCAUAUCUUAGUGUGGUAGAAGCACAGCAGUUCCCCAUUGCUACUGCAGGCUGAGAAUCCUGUUCCUUAUAAACACAUGCAUGUAGUUAAAAGCACAGCUCUAUGGCCUCUUGCAUGCUAUUCCAGAAUCUAAAAUUUUCACAUUUAAAAAUAUGUUCAUACUUUGAUACAGCUGUUUAUAUCAUAUGCUACCUUGCCAUAUAUUUUAUAGAAUUCACAUUGCAGUUGAAAAUACAUAUAUAGGUUUAGGUUUUUCAAAGCAGCUUUUAUAGUGAACUCUGCCAUUUAAAUUGUGGCAUUAGUAGUCCAACUUUUCAGUUGAACAUUUAAAACUGAUCAUGACAGCUUAUCAUAUAAUCGUAGAAUGGUUUGGGUUGGGAGAGACCUUAAAGAUUACCUGCUUCUAACUCUCUGCCAUGGGCAGGGACACCUUCCACUAGACCAGGUUACUUGUAAACCCAUCCAACCUGGCCUUGAACACUUCCAGGGACGGGGUGUCCACAGCCUCUCUGGGCAACCUGUGCUGGGGCCUCACCACACUCAUAGUAAAGAACUUCUUCCUAAUAUCUAACCUAAACUUGCUCUUCUUUAGCUUAAGGCCAUUCCCCCUUCUCCUGUCACUGCAUGCCCUUGUGAAAAGUCCCUCUCCAUGUACCUUGUAGGCCCCCUUUAGGUACUGUAAGGCUGCAAUAAGGUCACCCCAGACCCUUCUCCAGGCUGAACAGCCCUAAGUCUCUCAGCCUGUCUUCAUAGGGAGGUGUUCCUGCCCUCCGAUCCUCCUUGUGGCCUCCUCUGGAGUUGUUCUAAAAGGUCAAUAUCUUUUCUUGUGUUGGGGGCCCCAGAGCUGGAUGCAGGACUCCAGGUGGGAUCUCACAAGAAGAGAAUAGAGGGGCAGAAUCACCUCCCUCAACCAGCUGGGUAUACAGUGAUAGGAUAAGGAGUGUUGGAACCCAGGGCACAGGGAAUAUUUCUAUGCCUGUCCUGGGAAGUUCUGAUCCCCAGGAGAGCACUGCUUUUAACCUUUCUCCAUGGAGAAAGCUUCCAAGACCUUGGGAAGAAUUGGAAUCUACGAGUGUGUGAAAUAGAUAGCAGUACAGUUUAUCACAGGGUGAAAAAGAGUUUUGGGAUUUUCGUAUGGAGGUAGAUAGGAGACAAGAUGGAGGAUUUUGGGCGUUGUCAGAUCUCCUUCUUGUUCUUCAUCUACUCAAUUUUCUGCAGUGUUGGGAGCACAGGGUGACUGGUUAGAAAGAACCACAAUGCAGAUGUUGGGUAGACAGAAAAAUAAUUAGUUAUUGGUAGAAAGGUAGAAAUAAAGUAUGUUCUAAGAGUUAAUUGGACAAAAUAGCUUUAAAAGACCUUGAAUCUGUGUGUCUUGUGGCUUUUGGUGCCUUCUCCUUGUACGCUAAGUCUGAGAUGUAGAUGGUGUGCAGAACUUCUGAUAAGAGAAAAAUAAACAACAACCUGAAGACUGAAAAAACCAAGAGUCCCAUCCGUCUCUCGUUCCUGACACAGAACUUUUUAGGGGUCUCCUGUCAUGGGUUGACACUGAAGCAAUGUUAGUGCCCUUAUGAAAAUACACUUUCUUAAAUAAUUGUUGUGAGAUGUUAUCAGGAACAGAGUAGAGCAGGCUUAAGCUUAAUAACAAAGGAAAAAAAAACUUUAUUAAACUACUACUACUACUAUAAAAGACACACACCCUAAAUCCAGGAUGAAGACCCUCUAAAACACUCUUCCUCCCCCCACUUAAUUUUUAAAACAACUACUGUGAAACAUUACUUGGGAUUCUUGAUCAAGUUGCUACUCUUCAGAUAAUCAAUACUCAGUGUAUUAAGGGAGAGAGGAGUCUCUCUUGUACUAUAGACUCUCAGGAAACACAGUUGCCACUUCCUGUGUUUCCAUGUUAUACAUGGUAACCGCUCAGAGAAAAUCUGCCAGUGUGACACUCUCCUUUCUAUGUCACAGUGCUUUUACUACUAUGUAUGGACAGACUGCCUAUAGGGUUCUUUUAAGGAUGCUUUGCUACAGACUUAAAGAGACAACAGUUCAGCUUCUCAUCCUGGGACUACAGUCCCCCCCAGUUUUCUUCCUCCCCUGGGGUUGAGGGUCUAAGAACAGAGAUCAUCUUCUUGAAGACAGAGGGCAUCACUACACUUUCUUCAGCUUUUUUUUUUGUUCUCUCCAUUCCUGUGUUGGCAGUUGCUGAAGCAGGUCUCUUUGGUUCACGAUUGUAUCUUCUUAAAAAUGCAGUCUCUAUUGUAGGAGAAUUUGGUUCAGUCUAUGGCUAACAAGAAAAGUCUAGUUAAAAGCUACUCCAUCAUCUCUUCCUACUUAAAAAUUUCUUCUUUUAACAUCUUAGGUCCUGGACUGUCUCUUAUCUACUUUAAAUCGAGGAGGAGUAAUAUUUUACAAAGCCUUCAUUUCUUAGGAUAGGGUUAAAAGUUCAGACUUCCUGGACGGCUGAAAUCUCUGUUCAGAACUAACUCUAACUCCCACGCUGGGCAUCUUCCCCCCCCUUCUCUUUAUCUUCUGCUGGCAAAUUUUUAGGUGCUGUCAAGCUCUCUGUCUCUUUCCCUCGGGGGGGGGGGCGAGGGGGGGCGGAACAAAGGUAUUUCUGUCUCUCUCUACCUUUCCGUCCACAAGAACUAGCUCAGUUCUAGUCCUUUAGCCCCCUCGGCCUACCUUGACUAGGCCGCAUGGCUUCCCCUCCCCCACCCAGCCUGUGGCUGGGUAGGGGAGAGUUUGUACUUUCUGACAACUAAAACUAAAGAGACAGUUCCCCUGAGAGUUCUUACUUUUAACCCCCUGUGUUCUCAGAAGCGUGUCUAUACCUUCAGUGGUCAGUCUAAAUGCUAAUAUCUAAACCUGACCACUGAUUAGUUUAACUACCAACUUCUUAAAAAAAUUCACUUCUAUGUCAAACCACGACAGAUGGUCCCAUCAGGGCGACCCACAAGGGAGGUUUUGACAAGGAGGAAUGGCCUUAAGCUGAAGGAGAGAAGGUUUCGAUUAUAUAUUAGGAAGAAAUUCUUUAUUAUAAGGGUGGUGAAGCACUGGCACAGGUUGCCCACAGGUUGUGGAUUCUCCAUCCCUGGAAGUGUUCAAGGCCAGAUUGGAUGGGGCUUGGAGCAAUCUGGUCUAGUGGAAGGUGUCCCUGCCCAUGGCAAGGGGGUUGGAAGUAGAUUAUCUUUAAGGUCCCUUCUGACCCUAGCCAUUCUGUGAUUCUUUAUCAAGCUUCUCAUCCACAACCAUCCUCAGUCCUCCCAGGGCUAAUUCUUGAUUCAUUUUACACCCAGCUUUUAAUUGUGCUUGGGAUUCAAAAAGUUUUUAACAGUAGAUUUCUAUUACCAAUGUCAUACAUCCUACCACAGUUAUGGUUUUUGCAAUGUUUUCAGAACAAAAUUGAACCUUAAAUGUUAAAAUCUUAGCUAAUACUUGCACAAAAACAUUUACUCUCUUGUAAACUGGAUAUAAUUAUCCACAGUUCCAUUUUAAUCUAGCACUAAUAGAUGUAAACAUUGCACAAUAAACUAUGUCAUAAAACAUUUGCAUUCAACAAUGAGCAUUCUCUUCAAAGUCAACUUCAUUACCUACUUUCUUUCAAAGAUUGCUCUUCUGAUUAGAGACUGGAAACAAAGCAUUAUUUUGAUCAGUAAAGUCUUGACCCUGAAAAUGAAUGUGAGUUAUUGUCAUUGUCUAGCUGAAAAAUGCUAGCUACACCUAUAAGAAUAGUCUAAUCCAGGCCAACUGGUUCCAGUUAUGAAUAUGCACAGCACAGAAUUUGAACAAACUUAAAGCUGCUUAAGCCCUGGAGCUGCCGUAACUGUGUUCUGAACUGGGAAAUGGUGUAGUCUGCUUAAUAUGUAGGUUCAUGUUACAGCUCCAGUUCUUUAUCCUCAAGUGUCACACACUGUCCCCAUAAUGCAUGGUUGUAUUACUGUAUCUCAAAGUGGAAGAUUUCUCUUAAUGCUUUGGGUUUAAAUUCCUGAGAUUGAGAUGUCAACAUGAGACCAGUUGCCCAUCCUACUUAAGUGGGGGUUUGUGUUAUGUGGGGUCUUUUUAAGCCUUGUAAGAAAUUAUUCUGAUGUACUAAAUAAAUCAGUGUACUCAUUUUUGUUACCCUUUUAUUUUGAAGUUGGUAAAUGUUGUACAAUAUAACAAAUGAAGAGGGUUUUUUGUUUUUUUUAAUUGCAGUAAUUUCUCAUCUGGAAUUGGUUUGGAAUCACUGAAAGGGUCUCUUUGUGUAUGUUAAGCUAAAUAUUUGCAAAUGGUAUCUGGUCCUGUUUUGCAAAUUUUUAAUGCUGACCACAAGUGCAAGGUGUCAAGGUACAAAUAUAUUUUAAUUUUUAUAUACUUUUUGGCACUCAUGCAUUAAGGCAACCUUAGUUAUUUAGUCUCAGUAUCUGAUAGCGGAAGAGAGUUUCUGGCAGAAGUGUACAGUAUGUAUAGCUUUAUUUAAAGUAAAUUUUAUUGGUAUGAUAAAUCGGUUUUGAUAGACAAAAGUUUCCUGAUGGAACAGAGUUGAG